AUGACAAAAAGCACAACUUCAGGUGUGAUGACGAUCAGCAAAGAUAAAUAUUUCAAAAUUUUGGAAGACGAGUUGGAGGAAGGAACCCGAACCAUGAGAGUCGUAGAUUACAAGUGGCUGAGCAUGAAAUGUUCUGUAGAUGUAAAUCAAGCAAAGCAAAUGCUCUAUGAAUACUACUCUGAAGAUUCAAACUCUAAUUCACUUCAUGUCACUUAUUUAUUGGCUGGACAACCCAAGGAUCAUUCUCUUCCCUAUCAAAUUGCACUUGUAUCCAUGAAUCAAUUAGAACAAGUGAAGACUAGUUUUGAAAAGAUUAAUUCUAUUCAUAUUUAUUCAAUUUCCAGAACUAGACCAUCCACAAUUUCAGACUUGUAUCGAUUAGAUUCAAAUACACAUUUUCCAUAUCGUGAAUGUGGUAUUCUUGAAUAUGGAGGAGGAACCAUUGAAAUGAAAAGUAAAGUUAAGAAUCAAUCAGCAAAUUUGGAAAUUGCAGAACCAGCCAUGAAAGGUCUACAACCAAAGAAAGAGCUAACGAAUAGUUCACAUAAUGAUGAGAACACAAGCUCACCAAAGAAAGAACAAGCCUCCUCUUCUUCAAAGAAAUCACCUUCUGACUUUUUUAAAAAGUCUACCAAACGAUCAACUCCUCAAAAGGCUAAACAUGAAUUAUCAGAAGAUGAUGAUGAAGAAAUGAAGGAUGCUCAUUUAAAAAAGAAUUCUUCUCUCAUUCUUGAUGAAGAGAGUGAUGGCGAUGAACCCAUGAAAACUGAAAUGUCUGAAGAUGAACAAGAUACUCAAUCGAAGAAGAAGAAGAACACCAAGAAAUCACCCUCUUCUUCCAAUAAGAAGUCAUCCAAAAAGACAACACCAUCCAAAACUCAAACCAAUACGUUGGACAAGUUUACUUCACAAAGUCCAAAAUCAACCACUACUAUGGACUCGUCCUCUGAAAAGAAGUUAACAAAGAGAGUGAAACAAACAGUUCAAGUCAAGAAUGAAAAGGGUUAUCUUGUGAGCACAGACAUUUGGACUGAAGUACCUCUCACAGAAGAAGAAAUUAAACAAAUGGAAAAGAAGCAACAGGUAUCUUCUGCUAUCAAUGUAAAGAAGGAACUCUCAAGCGAUGAUGAAAAUGCAAUGCAAGAUGAGGAAGAUUCAUCCAAGAAGAAGCAGAAAACAAAGAAAGAAUCAACUUCGACCUCAAAAUCAAAUAAGAGUGUUGUGUCUGCGAACCCACAUUCUGGCCCAAAGCAAACCAGCAUUGGUUCAUUCUUUAAGAAGAAAUAA